CCACCAAUUUCCCCAAACCCUUCUCCUCUUCCCUGUCUCCAUUUUUUGUUCUUCCCGCGGUAUUUCACUCUCGCGCCACUGGUAAUGGGUGUCGGCGGAAACUUCUGGGACCUCCUCAAGCCCUACGCUCGCUUCGAAGGCGUAGAUUUUCUCCGCGACAAGCGUGUCGCCGUUGAUCUCUCCUUCUGGAUCGUUCAGCACGAUGCCGCCAUUCGCAGCAAAAAUCCGGGCGUCCGUAAUCCUUAUCUGCGCACCACCUUUUUCCGAACCCUAGCACUGUUCACCAAGCUGGGAGCGUUUCCGGUGUUUGUUCUGGAUGGGGAGCCUUCGCCGCUCAAGGAUCGAGCAAGGAUGGAGCGUUUCCUUCGGGGUUCGGGCCUGGAGCAUUCGGCUCUCGCGAAGCCACCGGAGGCUGCUGCAGGGCAGGCUGCGCCGGCUGCAAGGCAACGGAACCGCGUGUUUACUGCGUGGGUGCAGGAGUGCGUUGAAUUGCUUGAAAUCCUAGGUAUGCCUGUUUUGAAAGCUCAAUCUGAGGCUGAAGCUCUUUGUGCAAAAUUGAACAAUGAAGGCUAUGUUGAUGCUUGCAUUACUUCUGACAGUGAUGCAUUCCUCUUUGGGGCAAAAUGCGUCAUAAAAUGCCUUCGAUCUAAUUCCAAAAAACCCUUUGAGUGCUAUUACUUAUCUGAUAUUGAAGCUGGUCUUGGAUUGAUGAGAAAACAAAUGGUAGCCAUCGCCCUUCUAGUUGGAAAUGACCAUAAUUUGCAAGGAGUGCCUGGUUUUGGUGUUGAAACAGCUCUUCGUUUCGUAAAGCUAUUUCCAGAUGAUGAUGUUUUGGAUAGGCUAUCUGAAGUUGGUAAAGGGAUAAUGCCUGCAUCCCAGGAAUGCUUUGAAGCUAAAUUUGAACAUGAUGCACCGAGUCAGCUUGAGGAUGUGGGAACUGCAAGGUCUCCACACUGCUCACAAUGUGGUCACCCAGGCAGUAAAAGGGCUCAUUUGAAGAUUUCUUGUGAAUAUUGCGUCAACAAUGGUUCAGAAAGCUGCACUAUGAAAUCAACUGGAUUUAAAUGUUAUUGUUCUGGCUGUAGCAAGGAUCGUGCAAUUAAAGAACAGAAGAAGCAGGAAAGUUGGCAGUUGAAGGUUUGUCAGAAGAUUGCUGCAGAAUCUGGUUUUCCCAACAAAGAAAUCAUUGAGAUGUAUUUAAAUCCUAAUAAUCAUGACAAUGAAGGAAGUUAUAGCCUGCUGCUGCGCUGGGAUAAGCCUAAGGUUGAAAUUCUGGUCGACUUUUUAGCUUUUCACCAACACUGGCAGCCAUCUUAUGUAAGGCAACGAAUUCUUCCUAUGCUUUCAACAAUAUUCUUGAGAGAAAUGGUGUCAACUUCAGAAGAAGGAUUACUUCUAUAUGAUCAGUAUGAGUUCCACUCAAUCGAGCGAGUAAAGAUUCGAUAUGGCCAUCCCUAUUAUCUGGUUAAAUGGAAGAAGUUGAUUCAUAGUUUGGAUUAUGUUACUCAAAAUUUCGCUAAUGAAGAGUCGGUAACCGGGCAAACUGAAUCUACGGAAGCUGAUGAAUUCGUGGACUCGAUGGAAGGUCCAGAUGUUCCGACGAUUAUUGUCGAUGAUGGGUGUUGGUAUCUGGUGACGGAGGAGAAUACUGAGCUCGUAAAAAUUGCAUUUCCGAAAGUGGUCGAGAAGUUCUUGCAAGAAAAGUACGGUUGGGCAGAACGGCCGGCAGACUUCGGUCAAUCUAGAAUCGAAAAAGGUAUUCCGCGACUUGCUAUUCUCUUCUUGAGAGAUAGCAGUUCGGGAAUAGUUCCUGAGUUCGGUGAAGAGCGAUCAAGAGAGUAA